CGCCUGAACGACAACCUGAACGCCCUGGGGCAGAUCGGGCGGGACGAGUUCGGGAUGCAGCGGGUGGCUUUCUCCCGGCAGGACGUUGCCGGCCGCGACUACGUCAGCGCGCUGAUGCGCGGCGCCGGCAUGUCCGUGCGCAUCGACCCAGCUGGCAACAUCAUCGGCCGGUUGGAAGGGACCGAGCCGGCCAUGCCCGCCAUCGUGCUCGGCUCGCAUACCGACACGGUACCCAGCGGAGGCGCGUAUGACGGGGCGCUGGGGGUGAUCGGGGCCAUCGAGGCGGUGGAGGCGUUGCGAGACGCGGGAGUCACGCCGCGGCAUCCGGUCGAGGUUAUGGUGUUCACCAACGAGGAGGGCACCAGCUUCCAUCGCUGGCUGCUGGGCAGCCGGGCCGUGGCCGGCCUGUGGGAGCCGGAGGACUUCGCCGCCGUAGACGACGACGGGACCAGCCUGACGGACACACUGCCGAGCAUUGGCGGCAACAUCUCGCGAGUUGAUGCCGCGCGCCGCCGGCCCGAAGAGCUGGCAUGCUACCUGGAACUACACAUCGAGCAGGGUCCUACCCUGCACCGGGGCGGGUUUCCCAUCGGAGUUGUGACCGGGAUAACCGGUCGCUCGGUGUACCACGUGGACAUCGUGGGCGAGGCAAACCACGCCGGGACGACACCCAUGGCGCUGCGGCGGGACGCCAUGUCGGCGGCGGCGCAGAUCGCCCUGGCCGUGCGCCGCAUUGCCGGCGAGAUGGAGGUGUGCCGGGUGGGCACGGUGGGCUCGAUGGACGUUCAUCCCAACGCGGGCAACGUGAUCCCGGGCCGAGUGCAGAUGGGCGUGGAGUUCCGGGACGAACGAAUGGAAUCGCUGGCUGCGGCCGAGGUGGAACUGCGCCGCACCGCCGAGGAAGUGGGGCACGCCGAGCAGGUGGCCGUGGCCGUAACGGCCCAGCGCAACACUCCGUCGGUGCCCGUCUCCGGGAACAUGCAGCAACUGAUAGCGGACGCGACCGGUAUGGCGGGACUGGAGCACGUGAGCCUGCCCAGUGGUGCGGGUCACGACGCGCAGGCCAUCGCCGCAAUUACUCCGGCGGCAAUGGUGUUCGUGCCCAGCGUGGGCGGUAUCAGCCACGCGCCGGCGGAGCACACCACGCCGGAAGACUGCGCCAACGGGGCGCAGGUGCUGCUGAACGCGCUGCUGCUGGCGGAUGAACGGUAG